GUAAAUGAAGAUCUUAGGGAGCUUUAGUAUCUCUGUCAGCAUUUCUACCCCUAUUAAAACCAGCACUUGGAGAGAGUCGAAUCCGACAACCGAUCCAAUAGUAGGGAACAAGAAAACGCGAACUUGAGUCUUGACGCUAGUCUCGAACUGCACGAGUUUGAGCGGUAGAUGCGGCACACACAUCUGUUUCACAAAAGUACUGCGGACCUUUGAUUAAGUGCACUCUUUACUCGUCUAUAUCCAGCAAACUAACGCUAUCUGUGUCAACACGUGAACCUCCUCGAGCCCCCUCGCUGACCGUUGUUGUCAGCACACUUACGUUUCAUAUAUUAAGCGAGUCUUAGUUGAAAGACACGGUGACCAACAAGGAAUGUCUCGGUGGUGUCUCCUAGUCCGACCGUCUUCGUUAACUGCGAGCGCUGCGAACACAUCGAUACGCAACGUGGGACUCUUCCGUCGACAUGCCUCCCGCAACCACGAGCGAGAUGGUGUUUCGAUAUUUAACAAGAGGAUGGGUUUUCAGCGCGGCUUCUAAAGACCCAGCAAUUUUCGAGUGUCGUGGAAAACGAAUCGGUUCGGUGACGAAGCAAUCCUACGAAUGUUACAGACGCCGGAAAAGACGAAGAUUGUCCAGAUUCGAUAAGCGACCGUCAAGGGCCCCCUCUCUGUUUUUUCUUGACCUUUUGUACCCUUCGGCUUCUUGUCCAUCCACACGUUGUCCACCCUGUGUCCGCUGUCAAGAACACUGGAUUGUCACCUCCCGGUCCCGUGGAAAGCAAGACUUCCUCCACAUCCAGGGUGUACAGACACCCUGGAGGUUCCCGCGAUAUGUCUGGCAAAAUAUCAUCGCACUUGCUUUUCUCCGUUUCGAAAUCCGCGCCGACCCGUCAAGAAGCGAAGAGUUUCGUGUCGCUUUUCUCGCGCGGCCGGCUGCCGUUGUCUGUGGGUUUUCGUCUGCUUUCUUCUCGGUCUCGCGUCCCAGUUCCGUCCUCCUGAUCACAAUGUGCAAGUGCAUGGGUGAGUUUUCGGGUGUCUCAUCUCCGCUCGACCUCUGA